AUGGAUUCAGCCGGAGUGAUUCGUCGAAAUAUUACUAAACCACGAGAUGUUAUUCCUAGAAAUCCAGCGAUGAAUCCUGAUACAUUGCUAGAUGUGCCAGAGUUUAAUUUUACAUACAAUGAUUCUGAUACAAUACACGCUGAAAUAGCUGAAUUAUAUACAUAUUCGGAAGAACCAGAAUUUGUUUGGAAUGCUGAAGCAUUUCAUGUGUUAUUCCAAGCGAAAUAUGGUGAAAAUAAACAAUGGAAAGAUUAUUCACGAGAUGAUAAAAUAGAUUUUAUGGUUUAUUUAUUGGAGCAAUGCGAACUUGUUGAUCGAACUCGACGAUGUCAAGCUAUGAGAGCUAUUCUCUAUCUCGUACAAGGAGUAUUUUAUCAAUGCUCCGAUAUGGAUGAAUAUAUGUCAAAUGCAAAAGAAAACGUUUUAUUAUUAUAUACAUGUGACGGUGUUCAUAUAUUUAUGGAGUUAUUUAAUAUGGAAUUGAAUCAUUUAUGCAAUGAAAAUGAUAUGAAAACAACAAAUAAAAAUUUGAGUGAUAAUCAAGAAAUGAGAGUAAUUAUUAGUAUACUCUAUACCAUUGUUGAAUUCGCACGGCAAAUCAAUGAGAAUACCGAUGAGCAAUGGAAAAAUUUUCAACAAUUAUUGAAAAAUGAAUUAUCUCAUCCGAAUGAUAAUAAUGAAUUAUUUGCAAGUACAUUAUAUCAUGCAAUAUGCGUCUUUUGCAAUGCACCUUCUCCACCGCUACCUAUUCGAAAACUUCUUUUACUUCUUUGGAAAGUGCUAUUGUUUACUCUCGGUGGUCUUGAUGACGCAUUCGAACAAAAAAAUAUUGCUCGAAAUGAACAAAAUCUCGAGCCUAUUGCUGAAAAUCCAGCUAAAGUCAUUGCGAGAAUGCCACCAAUAUCGCCUCCCUUAGCCGGUGCUGAAUGUCUAGAAAUUCAAGGUCAAACUGAAGGUGGAAGUAGUGCUCGACGAGCUAAACGCCAAAGUUUUACAAAACAAUCGGCAUUAGAUUCAGAUGCAAAUAAUGAUGAUAGUUCAGCAAGUGGAAAUAAUACAUCGAAUGAUGAUGAUACGACAACAGCUAUUCCAUCAACGCCAACUUCAUCACUUACUUCAUCUGAAUCGAUGACAUCGUUAGCGAGCGAUGCAUCAACCGUUGAUCCAGCAUCAACUUUACUUAUGAAAGAAUUGCCUUGGGUACCAAAAGUUAGGCAAAAGGAUUUAGAAGCAUUUCUGGAACAUACUCGAAAGAAAUUUGUUGGUUUCACAAUAAAAGAUGAUUUAACAACAUUAAUUGGUUUACCGAAACCGAUUCAUGAAAGCAUCAAAAUUCUUAAACAACAUCUAUAUAUACCAUUAUCCGAAGUUCAGAUACAAAUUGAAGAUGAAGUUGUCAAAUAUCCAUUGUCCAAGAAAGAAACGAAUAUCUCUGAUAGUGCUGCCGAACGAUUAUAUCGUGCAACACUUGCACAAAUUCCACAAUUUCUUAUUGCUUUACUUAAAUUACUUUUAACGUCAACACCAACUGCUAAACCAAAAACAGAGUCGAUUAAUAUACUUUGUGAUGUUAUUCCAGAAGAAAUUCCAUGUUCAAUGGUACAAACAAUGAAACUUGGAUUUGAUAUUAAUCGACAUAAAGAAAUGAUUGUCAAAUCUGUUUCAGCUAUUCUAUUACUUCUUUUGAAACAUCUUAAAGUUAAUCAUAUUUAUCAAUUUGAAUAUAUUUGUCAAAAUCUUGUCUUUUCAAAUUGCAUCACAGUCAUACUGAAAUUUUUCAAUCAUAAUAUUCUCUCUCACAUUCAAGCAAAAAAUACAAUUCUACCUCUUGAUUUUCCAACUUGUGUUAUUGGUCCUCAACCCGAAUUAACAGCUGAUUUAUUUGAUAUACCAGAAAAUGAAAACUACUGUUGGCGUAAUAUGUUUUCAUCAAUAAAUCUUCUUCGAAUUUUAAAUAAACUCACGAAAGGAAAACAUGCAAGAACAAUGGUUUUAGUUGCUGUAAAAUCUGCUCCAAUUCUGCGUAAAGCUUUACGUGUUAAACAAGCCAUGAUGCAAUUAUAUGCAUUAAAAUUAUUAAAACUACAAACACGCUACCUUGGUCGACAAUGGAGAAAAUCAAAUAUGAUGACUAUUUCGGCUAUCUAUCAACGUGUCCGACAUCGUCUUAAUGACGAUUGGGCAUACGGAAAUGAACAAGAAACACAAACGUGGGAUUUUCAAACAGAAGAACGUGCACUAAGAAAUAAAAUUGAUAUUUUCAAUCAACGUCGUUAUCAACGUUUAUCAUCAUCGAAUUCAAACAACAAUAAUAAUAAUACUAAUAAUCUCGCCAAUGCCAGUACACAAAAUGCUUCUGCGAAUGAAUUUGAUUUCGAUAGUUUUAUUCCAUUAAAUAAUGAUUUAUUGACUGCGCUUUCAUCAAAUAGUAGUUUAGGUGAUCAUGAUCUACCUGAAUCAUUUAAACGACAUUAUGAACAAUGGCUAAACGAUGAAGUAUUCAAUGUCGAACAACAAACAGACUGGGAUGCUAUAUUACAUUCGAAAUCAAUUGUCAUUUAUUAA